AUGUGGACACCGCUGCUGCUGGUGGCGCAACCCAAACCGUCCGCGCACCCCGAGAGCGCAGCACAGAGGCAGGGAGACAGCCAUCAGGAGGGAGGCGGCCCCCCAAGGAUGGACUCCAUACCUGCAGGACGAGACUCCAGCUCCUCACCAAACUCCAAACAAGAACUUUCAUACUCGACCAGCAACUUAAAACCAAACCAGGUCGGAGAGACGGUCCUGUACGGAAUACCCAUUGUGUCUUUGGUGAUCGACGGCCAGGAGAGACUUUGCCUCGCGCAGAUAUCCAACACUUUGUUGAAGAAUUACAGCUACAACGAGAUCCAUAACAGGCGCGUGGCGCUGGGCAUCACCUGCGUCCAGUGCACCCCUGUCCAGCUGGAGAUCCUGCGGAGGGCCGGAGCGAUGCCCAUCUCCUCCAGGCGCUGCGGGAUGAUCACCAAGCGCGAGGCGGAGAGACUCUGUAAGUCUUUUCUCGGAGCUCACUCGCCUCCAAAACUUCCGGAAAAUUUUGCCUUUGACGUGUCCCAUGAAUGCGCCUGGGGGAGUCGUGGCAGCUUCAUCCCCGCCAGGUACAACAGCUCCAGGGCCAAGUGCAUCAAGUGCACCUACUGCAACAUGUACUUUUCCCCGAAUAAAUUCAUAUUUCACUCGCAUCGCACGCCAGAGUCCAAGUACACGCAGCCGGACGCGGCCAAUUUUAAUUCCUGGAGACGGCAUCUCAAACUAACGGACAAAAACUCUCCCACCGAUAUAUUGCACGCCUGGGAAGACGUGAAGGCCAUGUUCAACGGGGGCAGUCGCAAGAGAACGCUGCCCUGCGGUGGCUCAGAGUCCAGCUCUCCCAUCAAAUCGCACGGGCCCAGCCGUCCACGAGACUCUCCCGAGGUGCCUGCGAAGAUCCUCAACUGCGAGGACACGCGGAGUCCCAUGACGAGCACGCGCAGCUACCCGGUCAUCCCGGUGCCCAGCAAAGGCUUCGGGAUGCUGCAAAAGAUCCCCCCGCCGCUGUUCCCUCACCCAUACGGCUUCCCGGCUUUCGGUCUGUGCCAGAAGAAGGAGGACAGCAUGAUGGGCGAGCAGAGCAAGGCCGGCCUGCCGGGGGUCCUGUGGCACGGCACCAAGGACAGCGCCUACCACUCCUUCCCGAUGUUCUGGCCCGGUGCGGGCCCUCUCCCCAUCCCUCCGUACCCCCAGGCUCCGCACAAACCCCCGCCAGAGCUGCUCUGCGCCCCCAGACAAACUGACAUGGACAUUUCCGAAAGCAGCGACCGGAGCACCAACACGUCCAAAGACAGCGUGGUCGAUAACGACCGGUGCUCCAGCACCCAGUCCAUGCGUAACGAAGAAGACAAGUCCGGGGACGAGGGGAGGCCGGUGGAGGGUCUAACCCUCCAGUCUCGGAAAAUCAGCUACGUGUCCGCGUUCAGACCCGUUAUCAAAGACGCCGACUGCAUCGCCAAGCUGUACGGCAACAGGAGCGCGUACAGCGGGUGUCGCACCGGCUAUUUGUCGCCCGAUUUUUUAAGCGAGAGCUCAAGCUACCGGUCCAUGUCCCCGUGCGUGGACAGCGAGGGCGAACCGGACGUGGACGUGGAGACCCACAAAACGGCAGAGGAGGAGGAAGAGGAGGAAGACCCCCGGCCUCUGUCGUCCAUGUGUCCCCAAACUCCACCCGGCGCCGCGCGCACCGAUUCACCCAAAGACUCCGAGUCCAAAGGCGCGCACGAGGCCGGCCAGCUCGAGCCCCAGAAAAUGAGCCUACAUGUGGCCCAGUCUUGCGAAAGAGAACUGCAGAGCAAGCAGUUGUCUGCGCCGUUCUCAGCAGUUUACACACCGGAGAGGGGAGAGCUGCAACAAAGGAGCAGCCCGUUUCAGUUCAGACCCACCAAUUACCUGACCGCAGCACUCACAGCAAAUGAUGAGAGUGCAAGUAAAGAAGAACCAUCUUCUACAGUGGAGGAGAUCGAAACGAAAUCUUUUAGCGGACAAAGCAGCGAAGAGAACCAGCGAGAGCAGGAGGAGGGUGAGGACGCGUCAGUCAGAGCUGUACCAAUACAAAGAAACAUUCAAAGUCUGGCAAAAGAGGAACUGCAGAAGCAGCUGCUGGAGCAAGUUGAGCUGAGGAAAAAACUGGAACGUGAGUUUCAGAACUUGAAAGAUAAUUUUCAGGAUCAAAUGAAAAGGGAACUUUCUUACAGGGAAGAGAUGGUGCAGCAGCUUCAUAUCGUGAGAGAAGCUCACGACGCGUUACACCAUUUUUCCUGUAAGAUGUUAACUCCACGACACUGCACGGGAUCCUGCUCCUUCAAGUCUCCCAUGCUGCCGCCAUAAGAAGAGCAG